AUGUCUCACCUAAAGGAAACUCAGACAACCGACGAUACCAGCCAAGAGGAUUCUUGCGUCCAGUUUGUCAGUGGAAAGAAGGUGAUCAUCCUCCCCAACGACCCGCCCUCGAAAAAGCCCGAAGAUGGAUACAUCUUAGUUAGUGACCCCAUGGCUGCCGCUGUCGAUGACUUGGGCGUCUCUGGCCUCCUCAUUCACUACGCUAGUAUCCUCGCAGUCGAAACUAAAGUAGACCUCCACACCGGCCCACAAUGGGAUGCGCUCGUCGAGGGCCUCGAUACUCUACGCAUCUGUUCCGAACUUUUCUCAAACGCCACCAUCCAUGAUCUGCCCAAAGUGUUCGGAUAUGUCAACUACAAACUAUCGCCGCAACACCAGGUCACCCUUUUCAUCGUCCUUUCAGCCAUCUUCAAGACGACUGACUGGAUGCGCUUCGAGCGCCAGGUUGUCGAGAAGGAGGAAUUUGAGAUAUCAGCCGUCGUAUGGGCGUUCAAAAUCGGUCCCAGGGGUCUGACACAGGGGCGGUCAAAAGGAAAGAAGGAGCUUGAAACACUCCUGGAGGCGGAGGAGGCGUGGAUUGCUGCUAACCGCAACGCGGUCAAUUAUGAAGAGAGCAAGAAGGCGCUGCUGCAGCUCGCUGCUGGAUUCGUGGAGUGGGGUACGAACGCGGCCGGAUUCUUUGGCGCCAAGUAG